AUGCUUAAAGGUCUUUUCCUCACUGUUCUAGCAACAGGACUUCUCGUCCAAGCAACUCCAGUUCCAGUGCCAGCACCACCCGGAGUACCAACCACAGCUACUGCUAAUACCGAGCUUGCUGGUUUGACUGUGGCUGCGGCCGGAAGUCAAGAUGGUUAUGCGAGAGAUUUGUUCCCUACUUGGAACACUAUCUCCGGCACUUGCAAUACACGUGAGACCGUUUUGAAGCGCGACGGUAAAAAUGUCGUCGUUGACUCCGCCUGUGCUGCCACAUCGGGAACCUGGGUUUCUCCAUACGAUGGUGCAACCUGGACCGCCGCCUCCGAUCUCGAUAUCGACCAUCUUGUUCCCUUGAGUAACGCUUGGAAAUCAGGUGCUUCCGCGUGGACUACGGCUCAACGCCAGGCUUUUGCUAAUGAUCUUGUCAACCCGCAAUUGUUGGCGGUUACCGACAAUGUCAAUGAGAGUAAGGGAGACCGUGGACCGGAGGAGUUCAAGCCUUCUUUGACUUCAUACUGGUGCACAUAUGCAAAAAUGUGGAUCAAGGUUAAAUCUGUCUAUAAACUUACGGUUACAAGUGCGGAGAAGGCGGCAUUGGUUACUAUGAUGGCUACUUGUUAA